CAACAGCGUUUAUAAUAAAGUACACUAAACUAAUUUUAAGUUUUUAGUAUUGUAAACUAAAUAAGAGUAGGUAUGUCUUUUUUACCUGACGACGAAAUUCAACAGCUCUUAAAUAAUGCUUAUAGUUCAGAUGAGGAUUAUGAAUUUGAGGCUGUAAAAUAUGUGGUUGAAGAUAGUCAAAAUAUUGAUGAUUUUCCUACUGUUGAAGAAUUUGAGGUUGAAAAUGUAGUUGAAGCCAGUAAUGAUAUUGAUGAAUUUCCUACUAUUGAAGAAUUUGAGGCUGUAAAAUAUGUGGUUGAAGAUAGUCAAAAUAUUGAUGAUUUUCCUACUGUUGAAGAAUUUGAGGUUGAAAAUGUAGUUGAAGCCAGUAAUGAUAUUGAUGAAUUUCCUACUAUUGAAGAAUUUGAGGCUGUAAAAUAUGUGGUUGAAAAUAGUAAAGAUAUUGAUGAUUUUACUACGGUUGAAGAGAUAGAAACUGGUGAUUGUGGUUCAGAAGAAAUUGUUGUGAAUGCAAAACGGAAAUUGAAAUAUGAAGCAGGUGAUGAACUUUGUUGGCAAAAAAACAAAAAUAAAAUAUUGAGAAUGAGAGGUCAAUCAUAUAAAGGACUAAAAAAAAAUGAUGAAGGCAAAUUUCACUUUUCUGAAUGUAAAUCUGCAAGAAAAAUAAGGCCAAGAUGCAAUUCUACUUUUUGUAUAAAAAAUUCUAAAUCUAGAAAGUGCCCUUUUAUAAAAGAAGAGGAUAGAGAAAAACUAUUUAAAACAUUUUGGAAUGACAUGUCAUGGAGUGAAAGGAGGACUUAUGUGUCAACUUUAUGUACUAUACAGCCUACCAAAGUUAACACAAUUGGGAACAAUGAUUCUCGCCGAAAAGGAACUAUAAAAUAUUUUUUAAAAAUAGAAAAUGAAGUGUUGCCAGUAUGCAAAAAAAUGUUUCUUCAGACACUAGAUCUGAAAGAAUGGUCUGUUAGAAACUGGAUUUCAAAUUCUUGCAAUGGUAGUGGAAUAACUAUUAGCCCUGAUCACCAAAAAAAUAUUUCCAAAGUUGGGAGAAAACCUAAUAAAAAUAAAGGAAUGAUAAAAUUUUUUGAUAAUUUGCCUAAGUUGCCAUCCCAUUAUUGCAGAUCAAACACUAAUAAACUGUAUUUAGAAUCAUUUUUUGAGUCAAAAGUAUCCGUGUUUAAAGCUUAUGUAGCUAGUUUACAAGGUGAUGAAACAGCAGUUAGCAAAACAGAGUUUUAUUCAGAAUUUCAGAAAAGAAAUUUAGCUCUUUAUUCUCCUAAGAAAGAUCUAUGUGAUUUAUGUGAGGGUUUUAAGUAUGGAAAUAUUACACAAGAUGUUUAUGAUGUUCAUCAAAAAAAAAAAAUGGAUGCUAGAGAUGCUAAAAAUUUAGAAAAGCAAUUGGCCAUAAAUAAUCCGAACGAACAUGUUUCCUUGACAAUGGAUGUGCAAGCUGUCAAAUUGGCUCCUUUUAUUCGAGCUUCAUCUAUGUAUUAUAAGACCAAACUAUGUGUUCACAAUUAUACAAUUUUCAAUCAGUCCACAGCAGAUGUAUGCUGCUAUUUGUGGGACGAAACAAAUGGAGGGUUGGAGUCGUCCAUUUUUGCCACAUUGAUAAUCGACUAUUUAAAUAAUAUUAUUGAAAAAACUCCUACCAUAAGUAAAAUAUCGUUGUUUAGUGAUGGUUGCGGUUAUCAAAACCGAAAUAUAGUUGUAUCAAAUGCUUUAUUAAAAUUUUCAAUUGAUCAUAAGGUAACAAUCACACAGAACUUUCUAGAGAAAGGUCAUACCCAAAUGGAGGUAGACAGCGUCCAUCACACGAUAGAAAUGCGCCUUAGAAAAAGGGAAAUCCAUCUACCAACAGAUUAUAUUAAUGUAUGCAGAGAUGCUAGAAUUAAAACUCCAUACAGAGUGAAAUAUCUAAAUUUCAGUUGCUUUAAUGAUUAUACAUCAUUGAAAUACUACACAUCUAUUAGACCUGGGCAGGGCAAAGGUGACCCUACAGUCACUGAUAUUAGGUGUCUCAAGUACACCCCAGACUGUAUAAUACAUUAUAAAAUUAAUUAUGAAGACCAAUGGGCAAUUUUACCUAAUAAAAACAGAAAAAAUAUAGAUUUUGUUGUAAAGAGUUUGUAUAAGGAGGAAAUAAAAAUUAAAGAAGAAAAAUUUAAACACCUACAAGAACUAAAACAAGUAUUGCCAAAACAUACUUGGCAAUUUUAUGAUAAUUUACAUUAUAUUAAAAGUAACAAAAAGUGAUCUAUUUUAAAUUUUGUUUUUUUUUUUUUUAUCAGUUGAUUAUUUUAAUUUUUAUUAAACUAUUUUUUAUUAUUAAAUCAAAAUGAUUUAAUUAAUUGUUUUAUAUUAUAUUAGUUUAUAUUUUUAUCUAGUUGAUAUAUUAUUUUACUUUUAUU